ACCGGGACAUAAUGUGCGUUGUAUUUCGUGAUAAAAACCGUAGAAGUGAAUGCUACAGUUGAUGAUUAAGCGCCGGGUGUUUAAACGUGGCAUUCGGAAAACAGUAACCCUUCUGUUGUUCUACAAAGAACAUUAUCAGCUGUCGCUGGGUAGUUAGUUACAGUUGCAAUGUUAGAUUUUUGAUGAAACAAAAGACCCUCGUGACAAAGACGCAGUUAGUCGCCUCUGGAGAGAAAUUACACUUCUCUGAUAGUCGCCUCAUACAAAAUAAGGCCCGUGUGCCUCUGAUGUUCUCUGAACAGCCGACACCGAACAAUUGGGUGUCGGGACAAGUCUUUUGUGUGUGAGGCUUACCAUUGUUUUUAAAAGGGCGCAACCGCACAGCCCUGACUCAGACCUAAAGCGUUGAGGUCACAGACAGAGAGAGAAGAUCGAUACAUUUUUAACUUGACUAACUUGCUGUCUGAUAAUUCAUACGGUGAAAAGCGAAAGCUAGUCACUUUUAGACUACAGCUCAAGUUAACCUUACUACAUUUCCGCCCUUACAUUUUAAAGAAGUGUAGCCGAUUCAUUAAAAAAUGUGUGGGGGUUUUUCCUUGAGAUGAAUCCGUACAGAGGAAGUGAAUCUGCAAUGCGAGUGUGCUUACAAUCAAGCUUAGCAGCUGUAUUUUGAAAGCGAAUGGACAUCUCCGCAGAAUUCGCUUGCUAGCAAUAAUUUAAUUUACCUUUCGCUCACCAGUUUGUUAGCAGGCUUGCUUUACCUUAGAAGUCGCUCUAUUUAAUGGUGUCUUAUGUGUCCAGCUAGCUCGCUAGCCCCAAUACCCGAAUGUUUUUCAUUGUUUAACUAGCCUAGUCACAGUUAACCAUAUUUUGGUAUUCGUCCUCAAAAAUGUCGUACAUUCAAAACGAAAGCGUGUUCCUACUAAAAGACGUCAAGCCUGGAUCGAAGAAUUUAAAUAUAACCUUUAUUGUUUUGGAAAUAGGUCGGGUGACCAAGACAAAGGACGGCCAUGAGGUGCGCUCCUGCAAGGUGGCGGACAAAAGCGGCAGCAUCAGCAUCUCCGUCUGGGAUGACCUCGGCAGCCUCAUCCAGCCCGGUGACAUCAUCCGGCUCACGCGAGGCUAUGCCUCCAUCUGGAAAGGCUGUCUGACACUCUACACUGGGAGGGGUGGAGAUCUGCAGAAGAUUGGAGAGUUCUGCAUGGUCUACUCUGAGGUGCCCAACUUUAGUGAACCAAACCCUGAGCUGCUGGCCCAGGCCAACGCACAGAACAAGACUGUUAAGGGAGAGCAACAGAGCAAUUUCACCACCAGUCAGAAUUCAGGUAGUCCUAUGCAGACAGGAAAUGUUCCCUUGCAGAGUUACUCCACCAACAGCUCCUCCCCUGCUCCUCGGGACCCUGCCUUUGGGGUUUUGGGGCGGGCUAAUGGCCGUGCUGUGGGGAACGGUGCCCCCCAAGUCCCUGCUGGGGGACCGCCCGCUGCACCCAAACCCUCAGUUACCAUCAGCAACGGCAGGGAUCCUCGACGUGCAUCCAAGAGAUGAGACACAGACAAGCCAGCCAAUUACCCAGCAUUCCUCCUUCCCACCUAACAGUGCUAAUGUUGACAGCCAGCACCUCUCAUGCCUGCCCCAGCCAACAGCUGUGCUCAGACUAUACACCUUACUUGAACACUGAAUGCACUUUCUUCUACUUCAACUUGAAAGUUAGUGCUGCCAUUUUAUUCAGGAAUGUUUUCUGAUGUGUUUUAAAUGCUGUAGUUAGUGAACGUUUUUUUUUUUUAAUUUAAAUCUGUUACAAACCUGCUGCUUAUUGUUGGCAUCCCUGCUCUUCAACCAAAACAUACCAGGA